UUCGAACGGUUUCCGGUUUGAAACCCGAGAACCGCCGGUCCGAAAUCGAUUGGAGUCUACGGAAUACCAGCGUGCAACCCAAUUUGGGGAUUCCAGUAGGGACGAACGAAGAUGUUGCUCGCAGUUCUGAUCGCCAAUUCGGAAGGCAAUAUUCUUGUUGAACGUUUCAAUGGAGUGCCAGCGGAGGAACGAUUACACUGGAGGUCGUUCUUGGUGAAAUUGGGAGCAGAUAAUCUUAAAGGAGUCAAGAAUGAAGAACUACUUGUUGCUAAUCACAAGUCAGUUUACAUUGUAUACACUGUGCUUGGGGAUGUCAGUAUAUUUGUUGUUGGCAAGGAUGAGUACGAUGAACUAGCCUUGUCGGAAGCAAUCUUUGUAAUCACCUCAGCCCUGAAGGAUGUAUGUGGGAAACCUCCAAGUGAACGCCUUUUUCUUGACAAAUACGGGAAAAUUUGUUUGUGCUUGGAUGAGAUUGUGUGGAAGGGCCUGCUGGAGAACACCGACAAAGAUCGAAUCAAGAGGCUUAUACGAUUGAAACCACCGACAGACUUCUAAUCGGCACGCAUCGUUCCUUCUACACUAUUAGAAGGAAAACUACUUCAGUCCUUGCUGCAAUUCAUGUGCAUGAAUCUGUCUUCCGGCAGGCUUUAAUUGCUUGUUUGGUUCUAUCUUCCUUUACUAAUUAAUUAUGUAAUUUUCGCCAUGGCCUGGAUCAUAUCUACACAUUUCUUAUUUUCUUCAAAUUAAAAUUCUCACAGAGCAUUUUAUUUUAA